AUGUUCCCUUCUUUCUUGUUAGUUAUCCAUCUUCCAUACAGUGAAUGCUCGAACCGCGUUUUGCGGAAGUGCGUCGGGAUUGGUGUUGAUUGUAAUUCCUCUUCACAAGGCGCUUGGCCGCUGACGGGGAAAUAUUCGCAACGAUUUAUUCAAAAGAAGCUUAGUAAGGAAAUCUAUUCAUUUCUGUUUUUUUGUGUUUGUACGUCAUUUCCUUUUUUUCAUUCUUUAUCCUUAUUUCGUCUUUCCUGGUUCUUAGACUUUCUGUUCGUUCUCUCUCUCUCUCUCUUUUUCUCUCUCUCUCUUUCUUAUCUUUCUGUUUUCUCUCUCUUUCUCUCUCUCUCUUUCUUUACUAUCUCUCUCUUUCUUUGUCUCUCUCUUUCUCUCUUAGUCUUUCCAUUUUUCUCCUUCUUCCAACUUCCAGUCUUCCGCUUCAUUCUGUUUUCGUCUUUUUCUUUUUUUUACUCUUUCUCUCAUUUCAUCUUUUUCUUUCUCUCUCUCUCUCUCUCUCUCUCUCUCUCUCUCUCUCUUUUAGUAUUUCUAUUUUCCUUAAUAUAUUUCCAUCUCUUCUUUCUCCAUUUUAUCUUUUCUACUCCCCUUUCACACACUCCUAUUUUGUCUUCCUUUCUUGUAAUUCCCCUCUCUUUUCCUCAGUCUUCCUCUUUUUUUGUUUUCUCUCUUAAUCUUUUCUUUUCUAUCUUUCUUUUCUACUUUCAUUUAUUCUUUUUUUUCUGUUUUUAUCUUUCUCUCGUGUUAUUCCCUCUCUUUUCUCAGUCUUUCUCUUUUUCCUUUUCUCUCUUAAUCUAUCCUUUUCUAUAUUUUUUUUUUAGAUUUUAUCUUUUCUUUCUUUCUUCUUUUUAUUAUUUUCCCUUCUUUUACUCUCUGCUUUUAUCUUUUGUUCGUGUUAUUUUCUCUCUUUUUCUCAGUCUUUUCAUUUUCUCUUUUCCCUUUUAUUUGUUCCCGCUGUCUAUGUUUUUGUCUUUCUUUCCAUUUAUUCAAUUUUCUUCAUUCUUUCUCUUUCGAUCUUUACCUAUUUUGCGCUGGCUUUCUUUUUUAUAUUGA